AUGAGCGCCACAAGCACUGUGCUUAUCCUCCGUCCAAACCAGAAGGCAGUUGUCGUCGUUGAAAGCCCCACUCCUCGUCCAAGCUAUCUCUUUCCCGGCAGAACGAUCAACCAGUUCUACAACUGGGCCGGCUCCGUGGCGGAAACCACGGCCAACAAGGUGGCACAUCGCGCGGGGCUCGGACCGCUUGCUGCCACUCAACGAAUCCAUUCAUAUUUCGAGCAUGGAGGUCCGCAGGAAAAGGAACAGAGAGUCCGUCAGCCUAACAAGGGUAGUGUUAGCAUACUCAGAGAAAACUGCACAAAAUUGUUCGGGUACACUUCUCCAACGGAGUCUGUCGAAACGCAGAUGAAUGCUCUCGAUGGUAUUGUCGACUGUACCACCCGCUACCCAGGCUUGCGACAUGUCUUUCUCGAGAAUACCCCGGCGCAUAUCCUCCGACCUGUCACUCUCGAUGCUCUCUGCGCUGUUUGGAAGCCAGAAGACCAUCGCUGCACUAACGAAAGGGACAAGAAGCAGCUCGACUUUUUCGUCAACCUGGCGGCUGCUUGCCUUCUUGACAGUACUAUGGCGGUGUUUGUAGAGGCGAAACACGCGGAAGACCCGAAAGCUAGUGUCGUUCCAGACAGCGGGAGCAGCUACAGUGGAUGGACGGUCGUCGAAUUCUUGCUCUUAGCCCUGGAAGAGCUUACCUCUCUCCCCUCCGCCCAUACCAGCACGGUCCACUCCUCGUCGGCUGUGCUGGCCUGUGUCUGUGUUCGCUACCUGGGAGGAGUACUCGAGCUACCAUCGUUUUGGCGCCAAUCUGGACGGCUCUUUGACACUGUUCUGCGAAAGGUCAACAAUGGUAUCAUCCAACGGCUUCGGGAUGUCGAUAUCCAGCAAACAGACUUGGGAGCGGUACCCGCCGACGUAUGGCUGGCGGACUUUGACGGGCUCAAUAUUCUCUGCACCGCUUUCCUGCGGGGUAUACACGCCCUUAUCGCUCGCCGUGGCGUUCAAUCCUCUCAGGAAACCAAUGACUGCGGGUGGUAUUCGGGCACACUCGACGUGGUCUCGCUGCUCAGAUAUCCGAAGGCUGAGGCAAUGCUACCCAAUGCACACUCCUUGGCGACUAGUGACGCGUUCAUGCAAUGGUUUUCCACCUCAUAUCGCGUUCAAGCAUUCAGCACUUUAAUUUCUAUACCUGACGACAAUACCAGUACUAGUAACGCUUCGAACACAGAGCCACUCGCUUUGCCGACCAGCCAAGCACCCCAACCACGGGAUAUUAAUCUGGAACCCCCUUCGACUCCGCCUUCAGCUACCAAAACAAACCAAGGCUCAAUCAGGAAAAAGCUUCAAGUUCCUGCGAGUCGACUCCCUCCCUUUUCAUUUGGUCGCAAGAAGGCCGUGACUGUACACUCCCCCGAACCAUCAGCGUCUCCCAUCCGACAAGCGCCUCCGAGUCGCGUGUCUUCCCCUUCAAGUUCCGAGUCCUCAGUCCAACCGAUCUUCAAGUUGGACACAAGCGAGCCUGAAAAGUGGUUCUCAGAGACAUUCUCUCGCGACCAUCCACGCUCUUCCAUCCAGCUGGCGUUCGUCCACAGCAUCAAAAUAAUCAUCGGCGCUCUUGCAGGUUUCUUCGUUGACAGACCCCAACUCCAGCAGAAGCUUCGGGUUGGUGGUCCUGGCGCCGGACUGCGGCAGGUCCACACCUUGUUCACCUAUUUUGAUGAGCAGCAAGUCUGGGACACUGAACUUCUUGACGCGUUCCGCCAGAUGGCCUGGAAGCACGGGGGCGUCCAGGCCUUCUUUACGAAGGAAAUGGCCACCAGACUACAACACACCGAAUCGGAAAGCUCUCUGUCGUUGUCUGCGGAUGUAUCAAGCGCCACCAGUGCAGAAUGGUUCACCGCGACUUUCCUGCCCACGGCCACACCUUCCGAUGUCCGUCUCGCCGUCACAAAACGAGUUAUCGAUAUCCUCCGAGACCCGGAGCUGGCGAGACCAUUGGAGAACCAUCCUACUCUCCACGCAGAGAUUCGCGCUGCCCACCAGGCAGAGAAAAAGGUCGAAAUACUUUUCGCCUUUCUCGACGACCACUCAAGCGAGACCGAUCUCAUAGAGUGCUUUCAGAGCGCCAUAUGGAAGUUCGGCGGAAAUGGAGUUACGUCGCUCUUCAAUGACGAGAUGGCAAACAAAGUGCAGUACAGACUUGCUUUGCAGAACACGUCACGGGCUCUUGCAGUAGGUGCUCCUAGUCCUUGGGCGCUGCCGGAAGCCAUCAACCUCGACUGGUUCCCCGCAACAUUUGUAUCCACGACCACACGCUCUCGUAUUCUCUCUGCCUUGACGAGAAACAUAACUGACAUCCUCCAAGACCAGGAGCUCGCAGGCGUAUUGAGCGACUAUGCCGAAAUUCCGGCCACCGCUAGCACAUGGGACCAAGUGGAAAAGGUAUUCCAGCUGCUCGACGACCAACCGGGCAACACACGCCUCAUCGAGGCAUUCCAACGUGCAGCGUGGCGUCGGGGCGGUGUCAAAUACCUCUUCAACAACGAGGUUAAGGCGCUACUGUCGUCCUUAUAG